GAAACGUUCGAGCUCAUUUCUCCUCACGUUCAGUGCUGGAGAAAGUCCGUCCGCUGGUUCUGAUGAUAAAAGAAGUCAAGCGUAACUCGGGGUCCAUUUUCUUACUCGGGCUGCCCACACAUGUGCUGACACCUCUCCAGAUAUUACACGUAUCCCGUCGGGCGGCGGAAGGAAUUCUCAUUUAGCUGCUGUGACACAUUUGUAAAAAAAACAAAAAAAAAACACCGAAUAGCGGGAACGAGAGGGGAGAAGAUGUUAAUGAAGGAGUACAGAAUAUGCAUGCCUCUCACAGUAGAGGAGUACCGGAUCGGGCAGCUGUACAUGAUCAGCAAACACAGCCAUGAGCAGAGCGAUCGAGGGGAAGGGGUGGAGGUCGUACAGAACGAGCCGUUUGAAGACCCAAUUCAUGGCCAAGGCCAGUUCACAGAGAAACGAGUCUACCUCAACAGUAAAUUACCCAGCUGGGCUCGAGCAGUGGUUCCUAAAAUCUUCUAUGUCACAGAGAAGGCAUGGAACUACUACCCAUACACCAUUACAGAAUACACUUGCUCAUUCCUGCCCAAGUUCUCCAUCCACAUAGAGACAAAAUACGAGGACAACAAAGGAAGCAAUGACAACAUCUUUGAAACCGAACUGAAGGACCAAGAGAGGGAGGUGUGCUUUGUUGACAUCGUCUACGAUGAAAUCCCUGAGCGCUACUAUAAAGAGUCAGAGGACCUGCGGUAUUUCAAGUCUGAGAAGACGUCAAGGGGCAUGCUGCAGGAAGGCUGGAGGGACACACAGGACCCCAUCAUGUGCUCAUACAAACUGGUCACAGUCAAGUUUGAGGUGUGGGGUCUUCAGACCCGAGUAGAGCAGUUUGUACACAAGGUAGUUCGAGAUGUGCUGCUGCUGGGACACAGACAGGCUUUUGCUUGGGUUGAUGAGUGGAUCGAUAUGACUUUGGAUGACGUGCGGGGUUACGAGAGAAAAAUGCAUGAGAAAACCAACAUUAAAGUUUGCCAUGAGCAGCAAGAGCAUUCCACAACAAACCCAUCUGCACUGGAUGACAUAGAGAUCCAUGACACAGCAAGUACAUGACAAUGGAUGAAGUGAGAGAGUUUGAGCGCACCAUCCAGGAGGCCACCAAC